AUGAGCGUUAUGCGCUCAGCACCACGUACGUCUAAACAAGUCGAUGACACAAUAGAGCGAACACCGGAAUAUAACGUGUUUAUGAAAAAACUGGAAGAGUUCCAUAUUUCUCAUGGCACGGUACUUCAGAAAGAACCUGUCCUCGGAUCCAAAAAGCUUGAUUUGUACAAAAUCUAUUGCAUGGUCGUUGCGGCUGGAGGAUUUGAGAAAGUUUCUCAAGAGCGUGGUUGGAAAAAAGUAACCAUUCCAUUUAAUUUCCCAUCUACGUGUACCAACUCCGCGUACGUCAUGAAAACAGUCUAUGCAAAGUAUCUUGAAGCAUUUGAAAUGGAGCAUUUAUGGGGGAAGCCCGUUCCAUAUGGGGGGUUACCGAGCAGUAUUCCUGUGGGACAAAAGGAUUGGAAGAGAGACAUUGGAGAGGGUAGCGGAAAGGAGAGGGAUAGAGGAAGGGGAGAGACAAUUGGAAUAGGUGUAGUGUUUGGAGAUGAUGUACGAGGAAAUAUAAAAGGACUUAGAGAUGGAGGAAAUGUAAGUGGUGCGGGAAGUGGAGGCGGUAUCGGUCUGUCGAGAUCGCUUGGAUCAUCAGGGCAGAAGCAUUCUUUUAACUCUAUUCCUGAUAUGUCAUAUUCUUAUGGACCCAGCGGACAAGUAUUAGACAAUGACUUAACGGGUGGCCAUCAUAAUAGAAUACUGCUCGCCUUCAAAUCAUAUCUCCCAAAUGAAGUAGAGUGGGCAUUCACCAAACUUCUUACUCUUUCAUACGAGAAACCCUCGUUACUCUACAUUGACUCCAUUCCUGGACUCAUCGACACGCUACUCUCAUUCGUUCAACCAUUUUACGAUAUAUGUCGGAAGAACCGUGACGAUACGCUUUCACGGGAAGAAUAUUGGUCAUGUCAUUGUGGAUUAAGAGGGUGGUGGAACACAGAAGAAACUGAGAAAGAAUACGCGCAAGCAAUACAAGCACUCUUAAUAAUCAGAAAUUUGAGCUUCGAGGGACAUAAUGCAAGGUUGAUGGCACACUAUAAACCACUGAGAGAACUACUGAUGGAAGGAAUAACAUCCCAAACUGUCUCAAAUUGGUAUGAGCUCCGCACAUACUGCCUCGACGCGAUAGAAAACAUGUGCUCUUACAUAACACUCAGAUUCAAAUCUGAAUCUCUCCUUGCCCUUCUUUCGUCCAUGCUCUUUUCUCCUGACCGGUGUCUUGUUCUAUCUUCUAUCCGUUCGCUAACUAAUCUUGCUUCGACUGAGCACAAUGUCCUCAUAUUCCGAACACUGGACGCAUCAACUGUGGAACGUAUGUGUCAGUUGCUACUUGUUAACGAUGAGGAUCUUAUUUCGGCAUGCUUGGACUGGUUUUAUCAGUUCACUAGCAUACAUGAUGAAACGGCUUUGGACAUUGUGAAACAAGCACCGGGAAAUUUUGUCAAGCUAGUGAAACAUUUUUUAAAAUAUGGGGCGGUAGAAGAUUACGAAGAAUUUAUUCUAGGCAAGGGAACGGAAGGGCUUGUACAACAUCGUGUAGCAAGAUGGGCACGUUUGGAAGAACCACAAAGAUGUGUUGAGUGGUUAAAAGACACUUUUGAAUCAUCUCCCAAGGACAGCCUACUGCAGACUGAAGUAUGGUUUGCAUAUCGUGACGAAUUCCGUGAGAUACCGCAUACUAUGAUGCCGGCUGCAGAAGUAAUAAAACUUGUAUCUCAAGCAUGUCCGAAUUCCGUUGCCAUGAUGGUGAAUACGUCUGAAGGGCAAAAGUAUAUUGUUCAUGGGAUAAGGAGGAAGGCGACCACUAAUUCCCAUCCAUCAGCAUCUUAUCAUUCUACGAAUUCUGUUGUUCCCACCGCAAAUACGUCUAUCAUUCCUACCACUGCUGCAAGUAUUGCUUCGCCUCUUGUCCCGUCUUCUACCACACCCCCAUCCACCUCUCAACAAUCACCCAUAUCUCAACAACCACAUCCAUCUCAACAAUCACCCCCAUCUCAACAAUCACCCCUAUCUCAACAAUCGCCCCUAUCUCAACAAUCGCCCCUAUCUCAACAAUCAUCCCCAUCUCAACAAUCGCCCCCAUCUCAACAACCACCCCCGUCUCAACAAUCACCCCCGUCUCAACAAUCACCCCCAUCUCAGCAAUCACCCCCAUCUCAACAACCAACCCCAUCGCAACAAUCACCUCCAUCUCAACAACCAACCCCAUCGCAACAACCAUCUCAACCACAAGAAUCAUCUCCAUCUCAACAACCAACCCCAUCGCAACAACAAUCUCAACCACAAGAAUCACCUCCGUCUCAACAAUCACCUCCAUCUCAACAAUCGCCCUUAUCGCAACAACCAACCCCAUCUCAACAACUACCCACAUCACAAAAAUCAGGUAAAACUUACCCCGCUGUAACUACCCCGGCAAAACGAGAUCCGAGAUCAUACAACGAUUGUCCAAAAAUCUAUCUCCAGUCUGACGAAAGCGGAGAUGCUAUUGGGAUUCCUUUGACAGCAGCAUUGAUUCUUAGGAAUCUUAGUCAAGUUAAGGCUGUGGUGCCAUAUUUUACACCAUACGAGGAUGAGUUAGCUUGUAUGUUUGCUUCAUGCAGACAAUUAGCAAAGUAUCUAGGAGAGACAUUGAGCAAUUUGGCAAAUUUGGAAAAUACAUAA